AUGCAGGAAACCGGCAAGACAGAAACAUGGUUAAGGAAACACCGUUCUGUCUACAACUCAGCCACCAAACACCCUUUUAUUCUCAGCAUACGCGACGGCACUGUUCAAUCUCAUUCCUUCAAAACAUGGCUCGCGCAGGAUUACUUGUUUGUUAGAGAGUUUGUUCCAUUUGUUGCAAGUGUGUUGAUAAAAGCUUGCAAGGAAUCAGAUGAUAGUGAUGAUGUUGAAGUUAUAUUGGGUGGCAUGGCUUCUCUCAAUGAUGACAUAUCAUGGUUUAAAAAAGAAGCUAAUAAAUGGGGUAUUCAUCUCUCAGAGAUUGUUCCACAGACAGCGAACAAAGAUUAUUGUCGGUUGUUGGAAAGUUUGAUGAGUUCAGAUGUGGAGUAUACUGUGGCAGUAACUGCAUUAUGGGCAAUUGGAGUGGUGUAUCAAGAGAGUUUUGCGUAUUGUAUUGAAGAAGGCUCAAAAACUCCUCUAGAAUUGAAGGAGGCUUGUGAAAGAUGGGGAACUGAGGGGUUUGGUCAGUACUGUCAAUCUCUGCAGAAGAUGGUUGAUCGGCGGUUGCUGAAGGCUUCUGAUGAGGAAGUGAAGAAGGCUGAAGUUGUGUUUUUGAGUAUUAUUGAACAUGAAGUUGAAUUCUGGAACAUGAGUCGUGGAGACUAA